GUUAAAGUUGAUGAGACCGACUGGAACACAGUCUACUCUCAGGCUGGCUCUUAGUUAACAUUUAUGACUGUAGCCAAAUGUUGAAUACACAACUUUGGAGCGUUACAUAUUUAAUUCCUUGCGCUUUUGGAGAAAUUAACUAAUUAAGCAUUGAUGUGAACUGGUAUACAAACUGAUUUGCUAGUGGACAGACAUGGACAGAAGAGGACCAGAGGUGUUGAAGACGAUGAGGGCUCUUGUGCUAGGGUUGGUCUGUUUUGUGACAUGGCCUGGUUCUACAGAGGCUCAGUUUCCUCGAGUGUGUAGCACGGUAGAAGGGAUCGUCUCAAAGCAGUGCUGCCCUGCCCUUGGGUCUGAUCCUGCUAACGUGUGUGGACUUUUAUCUGGACGAGGAAACUGCUCCGACAUCAGAGUCAGUACCAAACCCUGGGGUGGACCGUAUAGGUUGAGAAAUGUUGAUGAUCGAGAAAGGUGGCCGACCAAAUUCUUCAAUCAGACAUGCAGGUGCUCAGGUAACUUUGGUGGCUUCGACUGUGGUCAGUGUACGUUUGGCUGGACAGGACCAAACUGUGACGUGCAUAAAUCCCCAGUGGUGAGGAAGAACAUCCACUCUCUGACUCCAGCUGAGCUCCAGGAGUUCCUGGAUGUGUUGGACCGGGCCAAGAACACCACCCACCCAGACUAUGUCAUUGCCACACAGCACUGGCUGGCCCUGUUGGGGCCUAAUGGAACCCAGCCCCAGUUCUCCAACAUCUCCAUCUACGACUUCUUUACGUGGCAGCACUACUACUCUGUCAGAGACACACUUUUGGGUCCAGGUCGUCCCUUCAAGGCCAUUGACUUCUCCCACAAAGGACCAGCAUUCGUCACCUGGCACAGAUACCACCUCCUUAGUCUGGAGAGAGACCUGCAGAGACUGACUGGCAAUGAGAACUUUGCUGUCCCAUUCUGGAACUUCGCCACAGGGCAGACUGAGUGUGACGUCUGUACAGACUCUCUCCUGGGGGGGCACAACCCAGAUGACUCCUCCCUCAUCAGUAACCAGUCCAGGUUCUCCAAUUGGGGGGUGGUGUGUGACAGCUUGGAUGAAUAUAACCGCCUGGUCACUCUGUGUAAUGGGACCAGUGAGGGACGUAUAAGGAGAGGUCAGAUGGGAAGAGCGAGAACCAACAUGAGUCUGCCGACCAUGAAUGAUGUCAGGAGCUGUCUAAACCUCAGAGACUUUGACAACGCUCCCUACUAUACUAACUCUACCUUCAGCUUCAGGAAUGCUCUCGAAGGCUAUGACAAGCCAGAUGGCGAGGCAGAGCUUGACUCCACAGUUAACAACCUGCACAACCUGGUCCACUCCUUCCUCAGUGGAACCAGCGCUCGGUCUCACUCUGCAGCCAAUGACCCCAUCUUUCUGGUGCUCCAUGCUUUCACUGACGCCAUUUUUGAUGAGUGGAUGAGAAAGUCUGUUCCACCCAACUCCAGCUUCCCAGAUGAGAUGGCUCCCAUUGGUCACAACAGACAUUAUAACAUGGUGCCAUUCUUCCCUCCUGUGACCAACGAGGAGAUUUACGUGGCUUCUGAUCAACUGGGAUAUUCUUAUGCCAUUGAACUCGAUGCUACAGACGGUGGAAUCGUGUUUGUGAUGGGCUCCAGUCUGGGUGGUGUUUUCCUGGGUGCCCUGGUUCUUCUACUCGUCCUGGUGCUCUACUUGCAACAGUGUAGGAAACAUAGCUUUGAACCCCUUAUCGAAGCAGAGUUCACCAACAGAAAGUACACAGAGGAAGCCUAGAGACUGUAGGUACAUUUUGGCAGUGUUCUGCACAACUACAUAGAGUAGGCAACCAAAUAGAAAGACGUAGCCAAACAGGCAUCCCCGAGUCAGGGGGUCUGGGGGUGCUUGCUCUCCUGGGCUACUUUUUUUCCCAGAAGGAGCUCUAUUUUGGUACAUUCUAAUGACUUGACUCCAUCUGAAAUACACAGUGAAAUGAUUGAUUACUUUUUCGAGUUUACCUCCAAGUUGGAAAAAUUAGUUGUGGUAUAGACUUUUACAAUUUGUAUUGCUGAAAAUGUAUGAAUUCAAUGUAUUGUUAGUUGUUUUGGAUAUUGUCUAUGUCUAUGUCAGAGAACGUUAAAACUGUUUUAACAUUCUCUUGAGAUUAAAGUCGUAUUUACAGUUUUGCUGCAAGAUAUGAAUUGCCACAAUGUUUGUUCUUCAAAUUAUAUAUUUUAUUUAAACAGACAAAUUAAGUAAAUAGCCCACAUUAUCUAGAAAAAAUAAUUAAAGGUUUUGGUUUUCCAGUUCUCUUUUCCCAUUUUGUUUCAGGUUUUCGCUCUCAAAAUCACAUUUCUUUUAACCCUUAAAGUCUAAGCCAUAAAUGCUACAUGUAACAACUUAAAAUAUUUUUUUGAGUUACAGUUCAAAUAAAGGAAAUCAGUGAAUUUAAAUACAGUCAUUAGGCCAUAAUCUAUGCAUUACACAUGACUGGGAAUACAGAUGUGCAUCUGUUGGUCACAGAUACCUUAAAAAAGGUAGGUGUGUGGAUCAGAAAACCAGUCAGUAUCUGGUAUGAC